AUGAAAACCAUUGGAAUCUGUAUCCCAACCAUAGAAGGCGGGGUCAUCACCCUCCAAGAAAUCGGACGAGAAGCAGCGCGACGGAGCAUUGCUUACCCUCAAAUUGUCACCCACACUCCUAUCUACGGAGACCUGGAGCAAGCACUCAAGUCUGGCAACAACCAGCUCCUGGUAGAAUUGAUAACCGACUCGAUCAACCGCACCGCCAAAGCUGGCGCCGAGUUUGCCAUCAUCAGCGCUAACACUCCACACAUCGUUUUCGACGAUAUUUUGACUCAGUCAAACAUCCCUGUUCUCAGUAUCCUCGACGUCGCUGCGAAUUACUGCAAAAUGCAAGGCUACAAGAGCGUUGGAGUUCUAGGCACAACCUGGACUGCCAAAAACCGUCUCUAUAAUGGUCCGCUACAAGAGAGGGGCAUGGCUGCGGUCUAUGCGUCUGACAUUGACCAAACAAUUGUCAUGGAUGCAAUUUUACACGAGUUGAUCAAUGGAAUCUUCCUGGAAAAGACGACGGGCGAGUUGGUGCGCAUUGCUAAGGAGCUCGCUACACGAUGUGAUGGUAUUAUCCUUGGGUGCACCGAGUUGCCUCUUGUUCUUACGGAACAAAAUUGUGGGAUCGACGUCGUUGAUACAACACGACUUCUCUCCCAUGCGGCGCUCGAUUUUGCGAAAGAUUGA